CGCAGUGCGUCAUACUUAUCACUUAUGAAUCAGCUGAUGAAGAAGGCGAACAGUUACAAUUUCAGCGGUAUUUCAAGUAAAAGUUGAAGAAUAUGUCACUAAAUACGGCGCACGCAAAUGGCGGCGUUCUUAUACAUGCCGGCGAAUACAUAUUAUUAUUCUGCGAUAAUGUCACCAUGGAGUUCCACGGACAAGAGCAACCUGAGUUCCUUGGAAAUAAGCGAGGACGAUUAUACCUAACUACACAUAGAAUGAUCUUUAAUGCUAAGGAUCACAGAGAGAAAAUGCAGUCAUUUAGCUUUCCAUUUAUAACGUUAAACGAAGUCGAAGUGGAACAACCGAUGUUUGGAUCUAAUUAUAUUAAAGGCAAAUGUCGUGCCCAACCAAACGGCAAUUGGAUCGGAGAAUGUAAAUUCAAGUUAUACUUCAAAAGCGGCGGUGCUAUAGAAUUUGGACAGGCAAUGUUGAGAGCAGCAGCGAUGGCUCAACGCAAUGACCCUGCAGCCAAUGCUCCACCACCAUAUCAACCGCCAACAUCAGAUUGGUAUGCUGCUCCGCCGCCAGCUUAUCAAGCACCCACUGGAUACUAUGGUUGGGUACCACCUACCAAUGUAUUCCCAGAUAUGCCACCAGCAAAUGGUGUAUAUAUGACGGACAUGCCACCUCCGUACCCUGGUAUAAAUUCACCUUAUGCAAGCAGUGCACCCCAACAAGGUGCAUGGGGUGCUACUGGACAACAAACUGGAUGGGCCCCACCUCAACAGAAUGGUGCGCCAGGAUGGGCAAAUCCAAAUUAUAAUAGUCAACCAAUGUCCCAAGCAGGUGGGUAUCCAAAUUACCAGCAGCCACCUUAUAGUGGUUAUGCACAAAAUCCACCACCAUAUUCUGCAUAUCCUCCAAGCAAUAAUUACCCACAAUCUCAAUAUAAUCCACAACAUAAUCCUUACAACCAAUACCCACCGCCUUAUUAAUUGUAUAAUAAUAAUACAUGUGAAAUUUCUUGCUUUUUAAAGUAAUUAAAGUUUAAACAAUAAUUCUUGAAGUUAGACAUAUGAUAUCAUAAAGAUGAAAUAUAGUAUACAUUUUUUUGUUCACCAUAUUUGAAACAUAAACAGAUAUUUUUUUUUUUAAACAAAAGAUGCAAGUAUAUAUGUACUACUAUAUUUCAUGCAACAUAUACAGAAAGCACACAAUAAUGUAACAUACACAAUACAUACAAUAAAUACUAACUUUCCAAUAUUUUUUUUAAGAAAUGUAUUUAUGAAGAACAAUAUUGUUAACUAUUACUUUAGAGUAUUACACUUUUGUUGUUUCAAUAAUACUAUAGCUUUAUAAUAAUUAUUAUAAUACAUCAAAGUUACUAUGUUAUUAAAAUUUAGACAAAUAUAA